AUGAUUGAUUGGGUUGAUGGUGAUGGGGUUGAUGGUGAUGGGGUUGAUGGUGAUGUUAAUAAUGAAGUUGAUGUUGCAAGAGAAGUGGAGGGUGAUCCUGAGGGUGAGGUUGAGGGUGAGGCUGAGGUUCAGCCUGAAGUUGGAACAGAAAUGGAGGAGGGUCACUGUGAGGAUGAGGUUGAGGUUGAGGGUGAGGCUGAGGCUGAGGCUGAGGUUCAUCCUGAAGUUGGAAUAGAAAUGGAGGAGGGUCACUCUGAGAAUGAGGUUAAGGGUGAGGGUGAAGUUGCUAAACAGAUUGAGCAUGUGGAGGAUGGUGAAGUACAUCAUGUAGAGGAGGUUGAGGUACAUGAUGUCAAUGAUUUUGAGCUGGAAGAUGUAGAAGAGGAUGAGAUUGAGGAUGAUCGUGUGGCUGAGGAUGAGGGUGAGGAUGACGCUGGAGAUGAUGGUCAGUAUGAAGAGGCUGGAGAUGAUGGUGAGGAUGAGUCUGUGAGUGAAGAUGGUCAGGAUAAAUGUUUUGGUCAAGAUCUAGAUUCAGUCCUAGAUCACAAUCAGACACUCUUGUGA